UUGAAGAGCGCAAAACGAAUGGCUGAAAUUAGCAAAGCGGAGUAUUUAAAACGUUAUUUAUCUGGUCCAGAGGAAAAUGAAAAGAAAAAGAAAAGGAGAAAAGUUGUAAAAUCGAAUUCAAAACAUAUAAGAUCAACAAUUAUUGAUGAUGAUGUUGAUUUAAAGUCCCUACUCCCAGAGAACUUGGAGAAUACACUAGAUGAAGAUAUUGGGGAGGAUGAUCCAACCAUUGUAGCUAUCAUUGAUGAACGUCCAGAUACUAUACAACAGCUAGAGACUUACAGACAUAGUGAUGGUCGAUGGAAAACACUUGGGAAAGAUGACGAUUUUGACCCAUCAUUGUUGAAGAGUAUGAAAGAUGAAGACAUUUUAAAAAAUACAAAAUCAUUUUUCAAGAAUAAAAGGGAAAGUGAAUAUAACAAAAAAAGUGUUUCAAGACAAUCUGAUCUUCCUAGAAGAAAAAGACAUGAUUCAGAUUCAGAUAAUUCAUUACCAAGAAAACAUAGACAUGAUUCAGAUUCUGACCAAUCAUUGCCAAGGAAUCAAAGACAUGAUUCAGAUUCUGACCAAUCAUUACCAAGGAGAGGGAGGCAUGAUUCUGAUUCUGAUUCAUCACCAGCAAGAAAACCCAAAACCUCAAUCCGUAAAUCUCGUUUUGAACCAAGAAAAAGAUUAGAUUCAGAUGAAUCACCUCCAAGAAGACGAAGACAUGAUUCAGGAUCUGACAAAUCACCACCUAGGAGGAAAAGACAUGAAUCUGGUUCUGACCAAUCACCACCCAGAAGAAAAAGAAAUGAUUCAGAUUCUGACCAAUCACCACCAAGAAAAAAAGAUAAGAUGAGUAAAACAUUAUCUGGUAAAAAAGCUGGAUUACAAAGUGCUAAAGAUAUGAAAAUGGAGGCAGAUAAGAUGAAAAAGAAAGAAGAUGAUGCCUUUAAAAAGAUUAGCAAUGAUGCUUUAGGAAGAAAUGCAGUGACAGUUUUCAGAGACAGAAAAACAGGAAAGAGAAGAAACAUGGAGGAUGAAGCAGAAAAAAAUGCUGAACAACUUGAGAAAGAAAGACAAAUGAAAGAAAAAUAUGAAAAAUGGGGAAAAGGAAUGAAACAACAAGAACAACAACAAAGAAAUGUAGAAGAACAUUUACAUGAGGCGUCUAAACCUAUGGCUAGAUUUAAAGAUGAUGAUGAUUUAGAUAAACACUUAAAGGAGAUAACCAGGGCAGAUGAUCCUAUGCUUAAAUUCUUAAAGAAAAAGAAACCAAAAGAUUCAAAGAAAAAAGAGUUACCAAAGUACAAAGGAGCCCCACCACCUCCAAACAGAUUUAAUAUGAUGCCAGGCUAUAGAUGGGAUGGUGUUGAUAGAUCUAAUGGCUUUGAGGCUAAAUACUUUGCCAGCAUAUCCAAUAAGAAAGCUAUAACAGAGGAUGCUUAUAAAUGGAGUGUUGAGGAUAUGUAAGGGAAUGAAGUGCUGAUUUAUAUUGUAAGAGGCAGCUUGAAACACAGUUAUGUGUUUGUAAUUUCAAUGGCAGCUGUGUAGUGAAAACUAAUGAUGGUUACAAGGUGUAAUGACAGAGAGCUAGUCAAGUGUUAAUGGAUUGUACCAGUCAAGGUGAAACUCUAGAAGUGUGGAGAAGACCAUUUACCUUUCAAGAAUAGUCUUCCUGUAUGUCAGAUGAUUCUGGCAGUAUCAGGAUAAUGAUUUGAAUUAUAUUUUUAUACCAAUCACAAUAUAGAUGCUUACAUAUUAUUUGCAAUUAUGAGGACACCACAUAAAAUAUACUCAUUUAAUGACUGUUUACAAACCUUUUUGUAAUCACUUUUCAAAAUGCUUGCGAAAUAUCUUAUGCAAAUCACUUAUGUAUAUUUUGAAUGAUUUAUGUUACUAUCCAAUGGUGUUUUAAGUUCACCAAAACGAAAGUUGAAAUUAAAUAUGCCAAAUGACUAAAUAAAUAACUUACAAUACCUUUGAUAUCAAGGCUGUACCCAAGAUGAGAUUUGAUGUGCUAGUAUAUGACCUACAGUAAAAACCCUCUAACUUACAUAUUUUCAUAAAAAUUUUAAAGCUGUUAUUU